CAGGAUGUGGGGGCUUGAGGUUCUACUGCUGCUGCCCAUGGCAAGCUUUGCUCUAUAUCCUGAGGAGAUACUGGACACCCAAUGGGACCUUUGGAAGAAGACCUACAGGAAGCAGUAUAAUAGCAAGGUGGAUGAACUCUCUCGGCGUUUAAUUUGGGAAAAAAACUUGAAGCAUAUUUCUAUCCAUAAUCUUGAAGCCUCUCUUGGUGUCCAUACAUAUGAACUGGCCAUGAACCACUUGGGUGACAUGACCAGUGAAGAGGUGGUUCAGAAGAUGACUGGACUCAAAGUACCCCCCUCUCACUCCCGCAGUAAUGAUACUCUCUAUAUCCCAGACUGGGAAAGCAGAGCCCCAGACUCCGUUGAUUAUCGAAAGAAAGGAUAUGUUACUCCUGUCAAGAACCAGGGUCAGUGUGGUUCCUGUUGGGCUUUUAGCUCUGUGGGUGCCCUGGAGGGCCAACUCAAGAAGAAAACUGGCAAACUCUUAAAUCUGAGUCCCCAGAACCUGGUGGACUGUGUCUCUGAGAAUGAUGGCUGUGGAGGAGGCUACAUGACCAAUGCCUUCCAGUAUGUGCAGAAGAACCGGGGCAUUGACUCUGAAGAUGCCUACCCAUAUGUGGGACAGGAUGAAAGCUGUAUGUACAACCCAACAGGCAAGGCAGCUAAGUGCAGAGGGUACAGAGAGAUCCCUGAGGGGAAUGAGAAAGCCCUGAAGAGGGCAGUGGCCCGAGUGGGACCCAUCUCUGUGGCCAUUGAUGCAAGCCUGACCUCUUUCCAGUUUUACAGCAAAGGUGUGUACUACGAUGAAAACUGUAAUAGCGAUAAUCUGAACCAUGCAGUUUUGGCAGUGGGAUAUGGCAUCCAGAAAGGAAACAAGCACUGGAUAAUUAAAAACAGCUGGGGAGAAAACUGGGGAAACAAAGGCUAUAUCCUCAUGGCUCGGAAUAAGAACAACGCUUGCGGCAUUGCCAACCUGGCCAGCUUCCCCAAGAUGUGA